GAUCUGUUCCUGGCCUCUCUCUUUGGCUUGCAGGUAACUUUUUCCUUGUCUCUCUUCACAUGGUCUUUUCUCAAUGACUUUCUGACUCUGAAAUACAGUUUUCCCAUUUGUAUAAGGAUACUGGUCAUAUGGAAUUAGGAACCAACUUAAUGACCUCAUUUUAACUUGAUUGCCUCUAUGAAGACCCUGUCUCCACACGCUGAGAUCCUGGGAGUUAGAACUUUAACACACUAAUUUUUGGGAGGGAGGACACAAUUACGCCCAUAACACUGGAUAUAAACCCAGAUUAAUUGGCCUCACGCUGUUAAGCAUUAUGCUUUAAUGAUUCCCGACAUUACAAAAUCAUACCAUUCUGUACCCUUUUGAGAGAAACAAAUGUCAAGACCUAGGACACAGUACUUGACCCCCAGAUCCACUUUGAGUGCCCUGAACAGAAAUCUGUCCUCUAAAAGUUCUUAAACUGGAAAGUACUCCCCAAAAAUGUUUAUCUAAGAGACUUGUUUCCAGCUUACUAGGCAAUUUGGCAUCGAGGACUUUUCUCAUAAACAUUUACAAAUAUUCUGCUCUGUAAUGAAGUUAAUCAGUAAACCACACAACCUCUGGCCUCUGUCACUCCUUACCUAGUCUCAUUUUCAGUUGCUGUGAGUAAGCUAAGAAUGGUAAUGCAGUUUCAGGAGUUAGAAAAUCCAGUUCAAAUUAGACCUUGUCAUAGCCCCAUGUCGGCAGGAUUUGCCAUGGAAAUGAUGAGCGUGAAGCCUGCUAAAGGUGUGCUAACAGAACAAGCAACAGGUCCUCUGGGACAGAAUCUAGAAGUGGAACCAUACUCACAAUACAACAAUGUUCAAUUUCCCCAAGUUCAACCACAGAUUUCCUCAUCUUCCUAUUAUUCCAACCUGGGUUUCUACCCCCAGCAGCCUGAAGAGUGGUACUCUCCUGGAAUAUAUGAACUCAGGCGAAUGCCCACUGAGACUCUCUACCAAGGAGAGACUGAGGGUGAGAUUCCUGUAACAAAGAAGGCCCGACUGGGCGCAUCAGCAGGAAGAAUAAAAGGGGAUGAGCUAUGUGUGGUUUGUGGAGACAGAGCAUCUGGAUACCAUUACAAUGCACUGACCUGUGAGGGGUGCAAAGGUUUCUUCAGGAGGAGCAUUACCAAAAACGCCGUGUACAAGUGUAAAAAUGGAGGCAACUGUGUGAUGGACAUGUACAUGAGAAGGAAGUGCCAAGAGUGUCGGCUCAGGAAAUGCAAAGAGAUGGGAAUGUUGGCUGAAUGUAUGUAUACAGGCUUGUUAACUGAAAUUCAAUGUAAAUCUAAACGACUGAGGAAAAACGUGAAGCAGCAUGCAGAUCAGACCGCAGAUCAGACCAUUAAUGAGGACAGUGAAGGACGUGACUUGCGACAAGUGACCUCGACAACUAAGUCAUGCAGGGAGAAAACUGAACUCACCCCAGAUCAACAGAAUCUUCUUCAUUAUAUUAUGGAUUCGUAUAGCAAGCAGAGGAUGCCUCAGGAAAUAACAAAUAAAAUUUUAAAAGAAGAAUUCAGUGCAGAAGAAAAUUUUCUCAUUUUAACUGAAAUGGCUACCAGUCAUGUACAGAUUCUCGUAGAAUUCACAAAAAAACUGCCAGGAUUUCAGACAUUGGACCAUGAAGAUCAGAUUGCUUUGUUGAAAGGAUCUGCAGUUGAAGCUAUGUUCCUCCGUUCAGCUGAGAUUUUCGGUAAGAAACUUCCACCCGGACAUGCUGACGUAUUGGAAGAAAGAAUUCGAAAGAGUGGCAUCUCCGAUGAAUAUAUAACACCUAUGUUUAGUUUUUAUAAAAGUGUUGCAGAAUUGAAAAUGACUCAAGAAGAGUAUGCUCUGCUUACAGCAAUUGUUAUCCUCUCUCCAGAUAGACAAUAUAUAAAGGACAGAGAGGCCAUAGAGAAGCUUCAAGAACCACUGCUUGAUGUUCUACAAAAGUUGUGCAAGAUUCACCAGCCUGAAAAUCCUCAACAUUUUGCCUGUCUCCUGGGUCGCCUAACUGAGUUGCGGACAUUCAACCAUCACCAUGCAGAAAUGCUUAUGUCAUGGAGAGUGAAUGACCACAAGUUUACCCCGCUUCUCUGUGAAAUCUGGGACGUACAGUGAUGAGCAUUGCAGGGGCAAGGUCUAGCUCGUCAGUUUCUUCAUAAUAUAAAUCUUAUAUAUAACUUUCCUUUAUUUCAUUUGUACCUGGUUUCACACAAGGAUUUUCAUCAAUAUUUAUAUAGUAGUUCUAUAACUUCCACAAUUGUAAAUAUGGGGCCAGGUAGAAAUACCUCCUCUACACUAUAUUUUACAAGGCUUCAGGGAAUCUAUCAUUUGAAUUGGCAUGCCCUGUUUACCUAUUUAAAGUGAUCAUUACUUCAAGUCUAUCUGCUGAAAUAGGGAAAAUCUCAUUUUGCUCUUCAUCUUACCAUAUUGCAUAUAUUUUAUUAAGAGUUGUGUUCAAUUUUGGCAAUAAACUGAACAUAAUGGCAAUAGGCUUUUCUUUGAGAAUAAGAUUUGAAACAUAUGCAAACUUAUUUCUUUAAAUGAUGAAUGACAUCCUAUUGAGUCUGAGGGGGUAAUUUACAAAAAGAUAAACUCUUCCAACAUAAAUGGUGUUUUUCUCCUUCCUGGAAGCCCUGGUAAAUAGUCAUUCAUUCGUAAUAGCCCCCUGAUUAUUUCCUUUUCUUUGAAGUUCAAGGAGAGUAGCAUACAGAAAAGUUAAUGAUUCUAAAAUAAAUUAUUCCUUGCUCAAGCAAACGCUUUCCAUAGUUAGGGUCUUGAGGCAUCAUUUACAAAUUCAGAGUAUGCAGAUAACUCCAGCAAUGGGACAUUCCCUUUUUUCUCUUAAAAGUGCUCCCUAUUGGCUUCAGUGCAUGUAAUUAAUCUUUUUUGUUUGUUUUGCUUUUGGAAAACACUCCUUCAGCUGGAUGCACAGCUGUUGUAUACUUACCCCCAAAGCAGGAGUUAGUUCAUUUCCUUCCUUCAUUGUCAUACUGUUGCAUUACUAUCCCCAUUAUCCUUUGGUGAUUACAAUAAAACACCUUCUAUAAAUAAUGGGCUCCCUUUCUCCUGAAAUCAUGCAAAAUUGAGCUUGCUUAGCAAGCAAAGAGGUUUUUUGGGGGUUUUUGUUGUUAUUUCUUUUUUAAAAUUAAAUACUAGGGUAACCCUGAAGUCCUAAUAAAGGCUAGUCAGUAGUAAAGAAAGUGAGUUGCGGCUAAAAUCAGCUGGAUUCCAUUUGCUACAACAACAAAAAAGACUUGAGUCUCUCUAAGUAUAAGAUCCUUGUGCUAAAUUCCUUGGGAGAUACAAAGAUGAUUGACACAGUAACUGCCUAGAGGGGCUUACAAAGACGAGCAGCGGAAAGUGCUUUGGGCUUACCUGGGAAAAUAUCACAGAGGAGGUUGCCUUUUCCCAGAGCUUGGAAGAAUAGUCAGGACUCCAUGGGUCAUGGUAAGAGGGAAGGGGAUUAAAGGUGAAAGGGGUGACAGGAGCAAAAGGAGGGAGGCAGGGGAGUUGUGCUGAUGUUAGAGACCACAAGCAGUCUCAGAGCGGCGGGGUGGGGGACGAGGGGAGAGGGUGCCCAGUGCCUUGCUAAGCCUCGGUUUCACCACUGCAGAACGAAGGCAUCAGUAUCCACUGUGUAAAGGGAUUUUAGCUGAUGAAUGAGCAGCAAAUGGGAAGUUAGACCCACCAGGGAAGAGGGUGGUGAGGAGAGGAUGUUUAAGAGACACAAAAGUAAAUUUCUGAAUGCCUGAAGGAGUAGAGCCUGUUGGGACCUGAGUGCGGUUCGGUGUUUCCAGAUCCUAAGGCAUCUGUAGGAAAGGUGGUGGGAAAUAAGCUGGAACUGAGGGGGUACUGUAGGCAGAGUUAGGAGUUAACCUUGUAGGUAUGGGUUUAUUCAAGUGGUUAAGGCCUUGUAAUAGCAAAUAAUGCUUCUCAUGUGGAAAACUAGUUGUGAUAUAAUAAGAAAUAGAUAUUUGGUCUUUGCCCC